AUGAGUGACUUAAUCACGAGAAAGACAACCAAAAUUCAAUUUACAGAAGAAACAGGGAAAGCAAGUAAACUCAGUGCUCUCGAUGAAACUCCAGAAACCGAAAUUUUUACAGAAAUAAUCGUGCCUGAAGAAGGACACUUUGGAUGGUUUGUUGUUGCAGGAAGUUUUAUGUGUAUUUUCAUACUAGAAGGAAUAUUUUUCACAUUUGGAAGUAUUUACAACGACAUGUCAAAAGAUUUGGAGACCGAGAUACCAUUGGUGACAUUAAUAAACUCCAUAGCAAUGGCUCUGUACUUCAUAGCAGGUCCUGUGGUGUCUGCUCUCGUGAACCGAUUUGGAUUUCGAACAUGUACAAUGAUGGGUUCAAUAAUAAUAUCUUUUGCUUACCUUGCGUCAGCCUACUCUAGAAAUUACAUAUUUGUGUUACUGUUUUAUGGCAUUAUAUCAGGCAUUGGAGGCUGUUUAAUUUAUAUGUCAUCGCAGCUAGUGGUUGGUUUUUAUUUUGAACGUUUUCGCGCCAUUGCCAUGUCAAUUGCUGGCUUGGGGUCAAGUUUUGGCGUUACAAUUAUGUCUAGAGUUAAUAACUAUUUAGUUCCAUUGUCAGGUUGGAGGACAGUUACACUAUUACAUGCUGGAUUAUUUGGUAUGAUUUAUUUUAUAGCCAUGCUAUUUAGACCUUUGCUUUCAUUAAGCGUAAGCCAUGAAAAAGAAGACAUACAAACAGUUACUUAUUUACCAAGUUUAUCAAGAGUGGCUCUAAAUGAUGGGACGGAAUCAGAACCUGUAGUGACUACCAGGACGGAAAAGCUAUUUAGUGCAGUAUCUAACGCUCAUUUUCCUACAGUGGCUGACGUAGUAGAAGUUGAAGCAGAUACUACUGAUGCUAAUGAACCCGGUCCAUCAUCAACGCCCACAGACAAACUAACAUUUACAGCUCGUCUUCCGCAAGGAAACAUUAGUCCAAGGCAGCUAAAACAAGUUAAGUCUAUUUUGUCACGAAGAAAUCUUGAAGAUAAUGAGAAAAUGAUCGAAAUUACAGUUGAUGAUGUACAAGCUCAUAAAAAGCAUCAUUGGUGGUCGCGUUGUUGUCAUUGGGAACAUCAUGUAGAAGAAUCUCGACCUAUGUAUAGAGACGAUGCUUUCUAUAACGGACAGGUAGAAAAUUUAUCAGUCUACAAAGAACAUAUGUUAGGUUCAAGACUAAAGAGAAAGUCUGGUUUUGAGUACCAGAUGGCUGUUACCCGAACAACAGCUGCCGAAGAUUUGGAAGAACGUGAAGGUGUAUUUACAAUAGCCAUUAGAAGGGUUUUGGCGACAAUGCUUGAUCCUCAAUUAUUGAGCAGAAAUUCAUUUUUUAUGAUCGAAAUAAAAGUGAAGGUAUUGAUGAUGUUCACUGCAAUUCAUUUGUGA